AUGCCUGAUAAACACAAGCUACAUUUGUUUUCCAAGCAUAAGCACCAUAGCAAAGAAGCGGACGAAUUGUCCCCGUCGACUUCAAACCACUCGGGCAGCCGCAAAUUCUUGGGGUUCAGCAUAGGCAAACACGACUCGGAGGAGUCGCUUGUGUCGUCGCCAACCGCGACCCACUCGCCGGAUCCACACCAUCCGCCUGGAGCUCCUGCCACUCGCGGCGUGCACCAGCCCCUGAAUUUACACCAGGCAAACCGAAGCGGUGGUAAUGGUGGUGGUGGCAAUAUAUCUGCUGGCACCACCCCGUCGCCAAGCCAGUCUAAUUUGCCAAGUAUACUGAGCCAAGUGCCCCUCUCGACCUCGCCACAUCCCCAGCCGCAGCCCCAGUCGGCACACCACGAUAGCAGUGCCGGCUUACAGAAGGUGGCAGGCUCCAUGAAUGAACUAAAGCGGUUUUUCAAACCAGCAAAGAAAAACUCAAAUCUGCUAAAGAAGGAAGGCCAAUAUUCAAAUCAUUUACAUUCUCCGCCUCCAAUAGCAGCAAAUUCGCCGGCUUUUUCCCAAGGUGGUGCCCCAGGUGGUGGUGCUGCCCAGGGCGGUGCUCAACCUACAUCGGGAGCCAAUAGUGGAUUAUCCACACGCGAGCAUUCAAGCACAUCACUUGCCAACAUGAUCAACCAAACUUCAACUCAACUACUCCACAAUGCAUCCCACUCGACUAAUAACAACCGAGAUCCAUUUACCGAUGACAACUCACCUUUGGUCAAGAAAUACGGUAAAGUCGGCAAGGAGUUGGGUAGUGGUGCCGGCGGAUCAGUCAAACUCAUCACGCGUCCCUCGGACCUGAAGACUUUUGCAGUAAAGGAGUUUCGAGCUCGAAGAUCAACUGAAACGUUGAAAGACUACACGAGAAAGUGCACCGCUGAGUACUGCAUUGGAUCAACUUUGAAACACCCCAACAUCAUCAAGACUAUAGACAUUAUCCACCAAAACCACAAAUACUUUGAAGUGAUGGAAUACGCCCCAAUUGAUUUCUUUGCCGUGGUGAUGAGCGGCGAGAUGUCGCGAGCCGAGAUCAACUGCUGUCUCAAGCAAAUCUUGGAAGGAGUCAGCUACUUGCACGGCUUGGGUCUCGCUCACCGAGAUCUCAAGUUGGACAAUUGCGUCAUCACCAUGGAUGGCAUUCUCAAGAUUAUCGACUUCGGAAGCGCGGUGAUUUUCAAAUACCCCUAUGACCAGUAUGGCAAUUCCAAGGAUAGCAUACAGCCGUGCCAUGGUAUCGUUGGAAGCGACCCUUAUUUGGCGCCUGAAGUGUUGAAGUCUCCAAACUCGUAUAACCCGCAACCGGUGGACUUGUGGUCUAUUGCAAUAAUAUACUGUUGCAUGACCCUAAAGAGGUUUCCUUGGAAAAUACCCAAUGUGGAAAAGGACAAUAGUUUCAAGUUGUACUGCAUGCCAGAUGACAAUUUCCAUGAUUACUACUUGAGUAACGAGUGCCACAAGCUUUUACUUCGACAACGAAAACUCAAGAAUAUGAUUGUGCGAUCGAAUAAAAAGAAGAAAACAUUAGAAGAAGAAGGUGGAGGAAAAGAAGAAAAUGACGAUGAAGUAGAAGUUCAAGUCGAAACUCUAGACGACCAACUCGACCCAACGCCACAACAAACACCACAACCACAACCACAGCCGCAACCACCACUAGAUGCCCCCACCACCACCACCACUACCAGCAAACCCGACAAGGCUCUCGAUCAAAUUGAGAUCUUGAAUGAAGAACAAGAAGCAAACAUUCUCGAACAAUUAAGAGAAAUAGACCACAAACUAGACCUUUACGAAUCCAGGAAAUUGGAACUCAAGAACGAAUUCAACGAGCGACGCAAAAUUGACGUUGAUUUAAAGCGGCAGAUUGCCCAAGUUGAAGAGGAAGAACGUCGUAAACAGCAAGGUGCAGACGAGAAAAAGAAGUCGGCGUCUUCCCUGCAUAAGCAGAUUCAUGGACCAUAUAGAUUAAUGAGAUUAUUGCCCCACGCUGCAAGACCCAUCAUUUACAAGAUGCUUCAAGUUGACCCCGUCAACCGGGCCAGCUUGGACGUGAUUAUGAAUGACGAGUGGAUCAGCGAGAUUGAAUGUUGUACUUUGAAACGUAUAACUCGAAGCGUUGACAACAUUGGAGCCAAUUUUGACGAAGACGAUGAAGAAGUCUUGGUCAAGGGCAAUCCUCCUCAUCUGCAUACCGUUGUCCUAGAGUCAUGA